GGUGAGUCCGCCCAUAGGACAAAUGUUAGAGAACAAGAGGAGACGGCCUAGGAGAGGGACACCCGUCUUGAUAGUGAGGAGGCGGCAUGGUUAUAGUUUAUGCCGAGGUGGGAGGGGAGGGAGGCAUACAAGGCCGAGCAACGGAGGUUGAGGGACUUGGAGACCGGUGGAGCACGGGCUAGUGGUGGGCCGACCCUUGGUGUGCAUAUUGACAGUGGCGUGGCAGGGGAGUGCGGACCCGAGAGUGUUGGUGGCACAGGUGGUCAACCGCAUGGAGAUGACGUCGAUCGAGGCGAAGAUAGUGAUAGCCCGAACGACGGAGACCGGGGAGAGGCCGCAAAGGAGGAUCUUGUCGAGAGAGUCAUCGUUGGUCUUCGCACGACAGACAUGGAGGGUGGGAUGCCGGGAGGCCGUGACACUUCGUUGAUGGGGGAUGUUGUUAUGGCGGAGGAGGUAGGGUUGCACACUGACCGUCAGGGAAGUGACACUCGUGCAGGACGUAGUCCUGUCAUGGAGGAGGGCGUUGAUGCUGACGAGGAGGCACAGUCAUCCCCGCCGCGGAUACAGCGAGAGACAUGUCCAUCGUGUUCGUUUGAUGUUAGAGGGGAUGAGGCGGCAACUGUUUUCGGAGGGGGGUCGACGAGAGACAUGCACCCACCACGACCACCGUCGGUGCAUUCAUCACCAUUGUACAAGAGCAGUGGCAGCAGAGCAGCGAUUUCAGUGGCAUCGGCCAGUCAUGGGGCAUCAGGCGAUGGGUGGUCGUCUUACAAACGAGUUACGGACCGUUUGAGGAGGGAUUGCGAGAGGGGACAGGGUUUUUUUGCACGAGGUUCGACGGCGGGGGCAGAUGUUGGUGACGCGAGCAUUGCGGACCUACGACGACCCAGUGUGCACACGGCAGCACGUAUCCUGGGACUGCCGGAGAGACAGACGAGGAGGCUGGAGGUAUUCCCGACCCCAGGUGCUGUUGAUGAUAGACGUCGAGGAUUGCCUUACACGUCGGGCAAGCAGGGGCGAGACGUCACGGAUCCAUCAGUGGCCUGGAGGCUAAGAUUGCUCGUUGUGUAUCACAUGCUCGCCUUGAAGAUGGAAGUUCCAUUGUGGUAUGUCGGGGUGUACAUCCACGAUAGGCCGGAGGACGAUGACAUGGAUGCCCUUCAGGAGUCCAUGGUCUUGUGUUUGGCGUCCUGCUUCCAAGAUGCGCUCCGUGGCGGCCAGUGGUCCGAGAAGUGGAAGAUGUCUCUGUCGAGGCUGAAUAGAAUCGGUGACGCGUUCCGCCUUCUUCUCGCCGCCAACAUGUGGAUCAUGCGUAUGGGUGGCGACAACGCCCGUUCUCACUACGAGGCGUCGUACUACUCGCAGCUCGUCACGAAGCUGACACAGAUGGCGGUGGGGGCGCAGACAUUCAACUGGCGGAGGCAUAUUGUCGACUCCACGAAUGUUGUAUUGUAUCGCCUUGGGAAGCCGCCCACCCAAGAGAGACCCACCUACAUCCCGGAGUGGGCGGCUUGCGGAAUCAGCUUCAACUGCAAUGCUGGGUUGGCGGACCCUGGCGUGGAGGCAAGGAUGGAUUGGUUGGGGACGGGAUCUCUCGACGAUGAAACGAAGGACGAUGGAGACAAUGGCGAUGGAGGGUCGUGAGAAUCGUCGUAGUGCCACCUCCUCGCCUUGUCCGUGUGCGAAGUAGA